CUGCCAUCCCCCCCCAACCCCACCCCCUCCCCCACCCCGCGCACGAGUCAAAAUUCUUCUUUUCUAUCAGAAUUCGGCGUGCGCCUGUUUGACCACGUUUAACUGGUUUCCAUUUAGAUUCAGAAUCAUCGAUUUGAGGAUCACCGUACUUACCUAUUUUAAUCCUGGCGUGGGAGGGCCGGACAUGGUGUUAAACAUGGAAACUUAGACACAGUGAGGUGUGCCGCUGUGGCACCACUUUGCCACCGAGCAGAUUUUUGCAUCUGGGUGAGACCCUGGGCAAUCUCUGUCUUUGCCCUGCACCAGCUCCCAAGUCUUUGCUUUGUGGAGACAGGAUGGACAGAUUCCUGGUGAAAAGCGCUCCCCGGGGCCUUUUGGGAAAGAGGCAGCCAGCGCAGACCGGAGGAGGCCCAGCAGCAUUGGGAGACGGGGAGGAAAGCAGCAGGAAAAGGCCCAGGAGAGAAACUCCGGAGAACGGAGUGGACAUGGCAGGGCUCAGCUGGCAGCGCAUUCGAGCCGAGGGCCUGGACUGCGAUUACACAGUCCUGUUUGGCAAAGCCGAAGCAGACGAGAUUUUCCAGGAGUUGGAGAAAGAAGUGGAAUAUUUCACAGGUGCACUGGCCAGGGUGCAGGUGUUUGGGAAGUGGCACAACGUGCCAAGGAAGCAGGCGACGUACGGCGACACUGGGCUGACCUACACCUUUUCGGGCCUCACUCUGUCCCCGAAGCCCUGGAUCCCAGUGCUGGAGCGCAUCCGGGAUCGUGUUUCUUUGGUGACUGGAAAGACCUUCAACUUUGUGCUCGUCAACAGGUAUAAAGAUGGCCGAGACCACAUUGGCGAGCACCGAGAUGACGAGAGAGAGCUGGCUCCUGGGAGCCCUAUCGCCUCCGUGUCCUUUGGGGCCUGCAGAGACUUCUUCUUUCGGCACAAGGAUGCUCGAGGGAAAAACCCUUCCCGGCGGGUGGAGGCAGUCAGGCUUCCGCUGGCCCACGGGAGCUUACUUAUGAUGAACCCCCCCACCAACACUCACUGGUACCACAGCCUCCCCGUCCGGAAGAAGGUUCUGGCUCCACGGGUCAAUCUGACAUUUCGUAAAAUUGUGCCGACUAAAAAGUAAACUUCUUGUUAACAGUUA